AUGGGCUCGCCGCGAGUGAAACUUCGGGCGGGUUGCACAUCCAUUCUGGGUCAGGCGUUGAUGUGUGUUCCAGCGCCAGGUGGCCACUACUUCGCGACAGGCUUCGCCGAUCCGUGGUUUACCACGUGGUCAAAAACUUCCGGCUCCACUAGUGCCUCGGGAAAUUUCAUCGUCGGUGCAUCUGGCUACGACACCCUCGCGGAGAACUAUCUCCAUGCCGUGGUGCUACUCGCGGCCUCUGGCUCACGCAUUGGUUGCGUUCACCUUGGAAGUUACUCGACUGUGCUGAGCGAGCUCGCUGCGGCGAUGGGCCCUUGUCCAGGUACUUCCAGCGGUAUCUCUCGGACAUGCCUCACGCUGGUCGCUCGGACGUGGAAUGCGAAGCAGCUUUGGACAUGUUACGUUCAAUGA